AUGCGUAAUCGUAUUUUAAGCAAGGAUGACGAUAAUAUUAAGGAAUAUUUCUCACCUCAGAAAAGAAAAUAAGAUAAUAAUGUCUAAGUUUGGCAAGGAUAUAUGUCUAUAGCUCUGAAUAGUACAGAAGCUGGAGUUAGACAAUUUUUAUCACAAAUGAGAAGAAAUGGUAGCUUCUAAUAAAUAGAGAAAAAAUAAAAGCCUGUAAUUACUGAAUAGGAAUAAUUAAUGGAUACACCUAAUCAUAGUAUUGUAAAAUCUCUUGAUCCUUAAUUUCCACCCUUCAUAAAAAAAGGUAAAGAUAUCACAAGUUAUGAAUUUCUAUCCUAAAUUUAUGAAUUGCAUAACAGAAAAGCAAGAAAUCAAUCCUUAAUUGAAUAACUUAUUGGAAAAACUAAUAAUGAAAUUAUUGUGCUUCCUAAAACCAUUCAUCGUAAGAACAUCUAAAAAAGAUCAUAACGCUGUCAAUCAGUUGCAUAAAAAGACAUUGAAUUAGACAGCUUGAAAGGACAAUUAAUUCAAGUAAAAUAAGUUUAGGUUUAACCUUUACCUAAAGAGACAACCCCAAAACCAUUAAAGAGAUUAAUACCUAUAAUCAAAUUAGAAAGAACUGCUUCACCUAUCAAAAAGAUUAUAGCUCCUUAAUCCUAAAAUAAAAAAAAAGUUUUAGUAGAUGAUACUAGGUAUUGGGAUAUAGGCUACGUUAAAUUUAUACAAUGCCCCAGUGUAUUAGAAAUUAAUUAAAUCAUCAAUUUUACAAAUGCUCUUCAAGUUCUACCAGCUCUACAUUAAAAAUAUUAUAAACUUUAUGUAGGUAGAGGCAACAAUCAUAUGAUGGUCAAAAGUAUUUUUAGUAUGAGAGCAUAAUGGACUGUAGGAGGAAAUUUAGAAGAAGAUGAUUUCAAUUUUAUUUGGACUUAAAAAUUUGUUGAUUUUCCUUAAUCUGAAAUUCGACCAAUUUAAAGAUUAAUUUCGAAUGAAACACUUGAAGGAUGGAUUGAUUCAAAUGAUUAAGUUUUAAUUAGAUAAGCUUGGGAUCGUGUUGAAGGAAAAUCAAAAAAGAAACUUGCUGAGUAUAAUCUUGAAAGUUAACCAAUACUUAAUAAUGUAAGAAUAAUUAUAUUUAUAUUUAUAGUUAUGUAAUGUAAAGGAACUUUUAACUAUCAAUCACUAAAAUCAAUCAAUUAGAAUUCAUAAUCACUUAAAGGAAGGAAAUUAAUUAGGAGACAAGAAGUUUUUGUUUUUAAAUUUAAGCAAAUAUUGUUUAGAGAAUUAAUUAGAUUUAUGGACACUUAUUCCAUUAACAUAUCAUAUAUAAGGUCCAAAUGAUGAAUCUUUUUUUGUUUUUAAGAAAAAGUUUGAAGAGGUUUCUGCUGAUUCAUCAUUUAAAAAUAUAUGGAUCAUUAAACCUGGAGAAGAUAGUAAUAGAGGUUAAGGCAUUAAAGGUACAUUUAUUUCUAUUAACAUAGUAUGUAAUAAUCUUAAUGAAAUUUAUCAGCAUAUUUCUUAAUAAAAUCAUACAUUUAUACUAUAAAAAUAUAUCGAAAAUCCUUUUCUAUAUUAAAAGAGGAAAUUUGAUAUUAGAGGAUACUGUCUUAUAACUAUUCUCAAUGGAGCUAAGAAAGGUAGUGAUUAUAUUAAUAAGUAGAUAGUAUUUUGGUAUAAAAAGGGAUACCUCCGUACUUCUAGUAGUUUAUUUAGUUUAGAUUCACUUGAUAAUCAGAAAAUUCAUCUUACUAACGAUGCAAUUCAAAACAAAAUGAAUGGAUAUGGUAAAUUUGAAAAAGGUAUUUACAUAUUUAUAAUUUUAAUAGGAAAUAAGGUGUCAUAUGAACAAUUUUAAAAUUAUCUACUCGAAUAAAACAAAUAAAAUAAUACUAAUUAUAGUUUCGAAGAACUUUACAAAAAUAUGAAAGUAUUUUAUAAUCAAAUCGCAUUAAUAGUAAUUGACUAAAAUAGCUUGUGCUUCAAGUAUUAAUUAAAUAAAUAAUACUGAUCAAGUUUUAGGAUUUGAAUUGUAUGGUUUGGAUUUUAUGAUUACUAAUGAAUUCAAACCAAUCUUAAUUGAAUUCAAUACUAAUCCCUGUAUUGAAACAGGUUGUCCAGUGUUAGCUAAAAUAAUUUCAGGCUUAUUAGACAAUUUAUUUAGGUAAUUAAUAAUAACAUAUAUUUAAGGUUUAUAAUUGACCCACUCUUUCCUGCUAAAAAAACAAAUCUUGAUGAUUUUAACAGUAAAAAUGAUUUUGAAUUAUUAUUAUAAUCAUAAUUAUGA